AUGAAGCACACUGGGGGGAUAUCGCCUGAGCUCUUGAUCGUGAAUCUUGCAUUCGAAUUCGCUAACUUCUCAUCAAUCCAAGAGGCAACCACCGAGAUCCUCCUUUACAAGCUACAAGCUACAAGCUACUUCCAGAUAGAUAAGACUCAAGUGAAGAAGGUGUUGCGGAGAGAACUCGAGGAUGAAGAUUUUUCGAUAGAUAAUUUUAUGAAUAAUGAUCGUGAACUUAGAAAGAAAGGUGAAGAUGGAGGUUAUGGUGUGGGAGAGAAAUCGAGAAUGAGGGUGAAGGUUGAGGAUGGAAGAGAGAGAGAGCAGAAAGAGAUUUUUCGGGAUAAUUUUCUGGGCAUUUUUCUGGACUAG